AUGGAUAUAUCGAAAAAAAAAGAAAAUUUUCGCCGUUUUCAACCUAAAAAUUACUCCUCGUCGUCAUCCUCAACUACAAAAUAUUGUGAUCUGCAGUUGAUGGGCUCAGUCUUAGAUAAAGAUACAUAUCAAAACCAACGCUUCUCAGUAACUCAGUCGACAACCUUCACUUCAAAAAAUAUGCCGAAUGAUUUUUCUAAGCAAUUUGCAACUUACUGGAGUCCAGCAUCUGAAAAACGAUACGAAAAUUGGUUGAAAACUCAAAGGGAUCAAUUUGAUAAGCAUAAAGGAUACGAUAAAUGUUAA